AUGGCCUCGCUCGCCCCGCCUUCGUCGUCUGCGCCUUCCAAGGCCCACCGCAACCUCGAUGUUCCUCGCCCUCAGCCGGCGUCCUCGCGCCCUCGCAAAGCGCCGCACCAGCUCCCCGUCUGGAACCUCGCCAAGGUCCCGUUCCGCCUCUUUUCGCCGCCCAAGGCGACUGGCAUGGUCGGAUCGGUUCGCUCGCUCAAGGCGACGCCCAUGAGCGACGUCCGCCUCGCGGAUGUCAUUGCCAACAAACACCUCUCGCCGCUCUCGCUCAAGGACUUUGAGGGCUACCUCGUCUUCAAGGAGUACUCUGCCGAGAACCUCUACUUCAUCCUCUGGCUCAACGAGUACGAGAAGGAGUACGCGGCGUACAUGAAGGAUUCGUCGAUCCCAAAGAAGGAGGCCCAGCCGACGCUCAACACGGACCCGUCCGCUCCUCGCUCGGCGGCGCACUUGCCCGAGUACCUCGCAGAGUCGCUCCGUCGCGGCCUCGACGUCUUCUUCGCGCCCGACGGUCCUCUCGAGCUGAACCUCCCUCGCGCGACUCGCGACCGCAUCCUCGUCGAAGCGGGUAACUCGGGCGACCCCAACGACUUUGCCGAGGCUCGCGACAUCAUCGAGCACUCGCUCAACCGCUCGCUCGCCGCGCACACCAAGACUUGCGUCGCCAACGCCGGCCCGCGCCGUCUCGUCUUCUGCUGGUCUCUCGGUUGCUUCGUCUUCCUCCUCGGUCUUAUCCCUCCCUUCGUCGGCAUCUUCGGCCACCACGCUCGCGGAUACCGCGCAAUCGGUCUUCCCUUCCUCGGCCUAGGCAUGGCUAUCAUGGUUAUGGCCGUCAACCGCAUCUGUGCCGUCAUCUGGCUCCUCGGCGAGGACCGCCAGCUCCUGCCCUGGGAGCUUGCAUCGCCGACCGUCACCUCCGGAUCGAUCGUCCCUAUCAACUGCCCGACCACUCCUUCCUCGACCUACUCCUCCUGGGACGACGAAUCCUCGUACGGCGACGACUCCAAGUCGCCCGAGUCGUCUUUCCGCACGCAGACCUCGGCCAACCCGUACCCGUGGGAGAAGCAAGACGCCGAGCUCUCAUCGACUCCCGCCGUCGCACAGGUCGACUUCACUCCUUCUUCGCCCACCGCUUCGUCUCGUCCGCCUUCGUACCGUUCGGGGGGCACCACCUCGCGCGGCGUCGUCCCCGGCUCGGCACCCGUCUUCGGACCCGUCACCAGCGUCUUCUCGCCCGACGUCGCACGAGCACAGUGGCGUCUCGCUGUGUACGCUCUCGGCAUCGGUCUCCUCACCGUCUGCACCGUCGGCGUCGUCCUCAUGGCCGUCCCCAACCAGUAA